GAUCUCGCUACUAAUCGGAGUAGCCAUUGCUUUAUGCACGGUGUGUCGCAUUUCACAUCUUCUCAGCACACGGCAGCAGAACGAACAAGCGAUGGACGGUCCAGGAGCAACUAGCCUGGAAUUACAUUCGGAGAGUGCCUUAAAAAUGGAUGCUAGUUUUGAGGAAAUUAUAGGGCAAAAGGCAAUCCAAGUUUCGACGGAAUGGGAUUCUGAAGAUAGCGACACAGCGGAUGAAGCUAACGAUGCUUCUGAGUAUGAAGAUGUCGAUUACGAAUCGAAAAUAUCGAACGUUUUCUCAAACAUGUCACUCGCAACAUCACAGUCGAAGCUAUCGAUGUACUCUACGGAAAGUAACGAAGCGUCGGACGGAACUCACGGACAAGAUGCCGAGCGUACCCUGGUGCAGAGUGACACCGAGGAAGAAGAAGAUCCCGAUGAACGUUACGAUGAAGGGAAUGGUUCCGGCAGCACAAGCGAUUCUAGCAAUACGCUCGAUGCGGGUAGCGAAGAGGAGGAGGAGGAGCACGAGAAACAACCCAUUUUUACCGAUCGUGGUGGCGGUGACGCAGAUUUGAACUUGGAUAGUGAUCCCAGUAGUCAGAUCAUUAAAGUAAACAUUGCACACAAGAAGCGCGUUAGUGACCCGGAAGCGUACAGGAAUUGGCUCAAGGCUAAAAACGAAGAGAUACGGAAAAAUCGCGAAAAGGAGCUGCUUGCCAAACAGGAACUUCAACGCCAAAAAGAACAAGAGGAAGAAAAGCGCAAAGAGGAAAGCAAAAAGAAGAUCAAAGAGUGGAUGGAGCGCAAGAAACAGGACAGCACUAAGAAGGCCACGAACCCAAAAGCUGCGAAAGAACGGCAGCAUUCCCAGAGUUCCUCUUCGGAGCAUCUGUACUGUGAUCCUGACGCUAAGUUCAAGAGCUGGCUAUUAAAUGUCCGAAAACGAGAGGAAGAGAAAAGGCUACGGGCGCAGACGGUAAAGCAGCUCGAGAAAAAGAUCCAGGACGAGAAGAAGAAAAUAUCUGACGAAAUUUACCAGGAAUGGUUAAAGAGUGCCAAACACAAGCCAAAACCGGUGCCACUGAACCAGGGACCACACACACUGCGGGGUACGGUAUCGCAGAUUUUUAUCAACCCUCAACCAUGGAAAAGUAAUGUCGAAGAGUAACGUGGCAUCGGCAUUUCGGGCUCAACUCUUUAGCUUCGGUACCCAAAUUUUCCGUAUGCCUACACUAAGCAGAUGAGGUUACACAAGGUUUGAUCUUUUAGUCGUUUUUUUCAUCCUCGACCUUUCUACACCAAGUCCUGUUAGGGGAACGUUUUAUUGUUGUUAACUGUUGUAAAAUUCAAAUAUGGAGCAUUGUAAACAUUUUUCCUUUCCCUA